UUAGAGCAUAUGCUCUAAGUGAUGUAAGGUCAAUGUCCCUCAAUUUGUUAUCUUUGGUGAAAGUUUUCGUUGAUCGUUGAUUUUGAUUUGAUAGAUUUUUUCCCUACUUUUUAUUGUUUCUGCAAAAUGAGUAAAAAGUUGAUACUGGAUGUCCUCAAAAAAACAAGAUCCUCUUCAAAAAUAAUUAAUAAACAAGAGGAACUUAAAAGUGAAAGUGAGAAUGAUAACGACUCGAUCACAUCAAAAUAUUUCGAUAUUAAAAGAAAACGAAAGCGUAAUUCCGUGAAAAUCCAAUCAGACACUAAAACAAUUGAUGAAGAAACAAAGAGCAAAAUUAAUGAAAUAAAUACCGAAUCAAAUCCUCACGAACAUAAUGCAGUUGACGAUAAAAUUAAAAAACGUAAGAGUAUUCAAUCAGAAAAUGAAUCGAACACUGAAACAAUUAAUAAUGUGAUUAAUAAAGGAACAAAUAGCAGCAUUAAUGAAGUAAAUACUGAAUCAAAGCCUGAGACAUGCGAAACAAUUAACAAUAAGAUAAAAAAUCCAAUCGAAACAGUGGUUAACCCUAACAAGUGGAUGCCCCAAAACUGGGAGGUUAUGUUAGAAAAUAUUAGGAAAAUGCGAUCGAACGAAACGGCUCCAGUGGAUUCCAUGGGCUGUCACAAGUGUUCGGAUCCAAACGCAGAUCCAAGAAUCUCCAGGUAUCAGUCUUUAAUCGCACUGAUGUUGAGCAGCCAGACAAAGGACCAGGUCACCCACGCAGCUAUGCAGAGACUUAACACCUAUGGCUGUACGCCAGAAAUAAUCAUGAACACUCCUGAUGACGUUUUAGAACAGUUAAUCUACCCUGUUGGCUUUCGUAAGAAAAAGGUGCAGUACAUAAAGAAGGCGUCGAAGAUCUUAAUUGAAGAAUAUAAGUCUGAUAUUCCAAGGACAUUGGAAGAUUUGUGCAAAUUGCCGGGAGUUGGACCGAAAAUGGGGCACAUAUGCAUGAGAAUUGCUUGGAACGAGGUCUCUGGAAUUGGAGUCGAUACUCAUGUUCAUAGAAUUUGUAAUAGGAUUAGUUGGGUGAGAAAGAGGACGAAAACUCCGGAAGAAACUAGAAUGGAUUUGGAAGAAUGGUUGCCUAAGCAUUUGUGGUGUGAUGUUAAUCAUUUAUUAGUUGGAUUUGGGCAGGAAAUUUGUUUACCGAGGUUUCCAAAAUGUGAAUCAUGUUUGAAUAAAGAUAUCUGCCCUUCGAGCACGAUUAAAAAUAAGAAAUAAGGGAAACAGUAUAUUUUUAUAAUUCUUUCUCAAUUACUUGUUAAUUAUUGACGGUAGCGAGAAAUGUUUUAAACGAAAGUUGUAGCUCCGACUGUUAGCUACAAGUAAGCUUGUAUGCAAUUCUCCUUUAGGUCCAAUAGUGCAGGAAUAAUUAAGAAAAAAAAACGAAACUAGGUAAAAAUGUAAUAAUUUAAAUCGGUUUUAAUUAAUUCGUUAAUUGUUGGACUUGAAAGAAAAUUGUAUAGAAUCUUAGUUUUAGUUGACGAGUGCAAAUUUAGAGCUACAACUUUUGUUUAAAAUAGUUAUUGCUAGCAUCAAUAAUUAACGAGUUAGUGAUAAUAAAUCGAAAUCGACAAUACCUGGAAGUGUCACAAAAAUUUGAUUUUCGAUUCUUAUAAGUUACUCGUAAAUUAUCGAUGCUAGCGAAAAAUGUUGCAAGCAAAAGUUAUAGCGGUAGUAGUCUAUCACAAAUAAGGUGCUCUAUUAUUUGUAACUCCAAUGAUUAACGAGUUAUUAACAAUAAACUGGUACUCUAUUAAAAAAUCCUAUACUGAGGAAUCUAUAUCAUACUCAUGAUGAUGAUUAUUAAGAAAAUAUUGGAUUUGCAAAAAAAUUAUACAGAACUA